AUGCUGUAUGUCGCCCUCAGUUACUGCUGGGGAGCGGGCACCCACUCGCACAAAACGACAAAAGAAAAUACUGACGAGCGACUGAAGUCGUUCACGCUUGCUGCUCUGCCCAAGACAAUUCAGGAUGCCGUCGAGAUAACACGCAAACUAGGGUUCAGGAGUCUCUGGAUAGACAGCCUGUGUAUUGUCCAGGACGACGAAGGCGACGUGGCCAACCAACUUGGAGAUAUGCACAAGAUCUAUACUUCGGCUGCACUUACCGUGUCUGCUGCCAAUGCUAGCGGGAGUGACGAGGGGUUCUUAUCUGUAUGUUGGCCAGCCUCACAGAGCGUACGGCUCCGAUACAAGACUCCCAACCGAGAAGAGGGACAUGUCAUUCUCUCCAAAUACUUCCGCCCAGGCGGCGAACCAAUCCACACAAGGGCAUGGACACUGCAGGAGCAUCUCCUGUCCACCCGAACCCUCAUCUAUGGCACUCACGGUCUGCGCUGGUCCUGUCGGACUGCUAAAUACUACGAUGUAUCUCAGAAUCAACCCGACAUCCCCACGGCAGCCGAUCUUUCAUCCGGGAUCCGUAACUGGGCAACAUGGUACGAAAUUGUUCAGGAGUUUUCCAGUCGCAAACUCUCGUUCCCCCAAGAUAGGCUUCCUGCAAUCUCGGCUAUUGCCGCAAAAUACUCCGAGGCAGGUAUUGGUCGCUAUUUGGCUGAAUUGUGGGAGUCGACCCUGGCUAGGGAUCUGCUAUGGGGCAAAUAUGGAGGGUUAAAGGAAGGAAGCAGAGAUCAGCCCGCUGGAUUUCCGAGUUGGUCAUGGGCCUCCUUGGGAGGACCGGUCAGAUGGGGAGAUAUGCCCUUCAAAGGUACUCCCCCUACGUUCACUCUCCUUGGUGCAAGGGUUACCACAACGAGUCCGCCCACGCCUUUUGGCCAAGUGGCAAGCGGUACUCUCCGCAUCCAGGGACAUCUCCGUCCGGUCACUUGCCUGGCAACUGGUGCGGAUGCUUGUAGCAACAAGCUAUGGCCUAGGGAGGUGUAUUUUCCGCACCCGUGGGAUGAACGAGCAGUGCUACUAGCGGGCGCGAACUUGAUGCAGAACGAACAGGAGCCGGACAACCUGAAUGCCCAGUCAUUCUCGCGCUCUUUGACUGCGAGGAAGAUAUGA